UUGGAUCUUAACUAUUUGAUCUGUCAGGUCACACUCGAAACACAGCUUUAAAAAGUACGAAAAAUAGGUGUUAGAGAAUUUCAGAUUGUUGAAGCUCAUCCCCCACCCUCAAAGUAAGAGGGGGAGAACAGCAGGGGGCGGGGUGGGGGUGGAAUAGAGUGAGUGAGGCCAGGACACACUGCUAUCCCGGCAGAGCAGAUGUUUAUCUACUUGAGGAGCACGAGGCAGGCACAAGAUUGUGGGCAGACCCAGAUGGCAUUAUCAUCACAAAACACUGCAACCAAAUGGACCUACAAUUUUAGAAUAGAGUGAAGGCAAACUUCUUCUACAAGAAAUCAUUCCGAAUCUGUGUAACAUGCCAACUGACGAAGGAAACAUGAGUAGUGGGAUCUUCACUAAUAGUUCUGUGCCAGCUGCAACUCCAACCUCCCUGGUGACGCUGCUCUUCAGCAUGAAGCAUCCUCAGUCCACUCCAGCUGUUUCAGCUUAUCCUCCAAACCCAGACUCAUUGCCUAUAAUACUGGCAGUGCUGUGCAUCUUUCUCCUCUUUGCCAGCUGCGCGGUAUUCAUGGCACUUUGCAAGCCCAGUAGUCUAGAUGAUACAAGUCAUGCUACUCGGGGAACCAUGCCAGACCACCCUAAUGAUCCCAGCGAACCCCAGCUGCGACUGUGGAAGCGUCUAGGCUCAUUGAGACGAUCUCUGUCCUCUGUUCAUAGAAGCCGUCCAGUAUCACUAGCACAACGCUCCAUACCAAGAUUGGAUUUCCAGUCCAAAGACAAUGUCCCUCAGCUAGACUUCAUGGAAUCUACAAAAAUGUGAGGAUAUUUAAACUGAGAGCUAAGGUUACUCAGUGCUUUGUUAGUCAAAGUGACUAAAGGUGAUAGACCACGAAACAUCUAAUGGGUUCCACAUUAAAUUUUAAAUGCUGCAUUUCCUUUAAAAAUGACAUUUAAGAAAGGAUGGAAGUCGUUCAAUUAAGUCCUCACUGCACCCCUGUCUCAAUGAGUGAUCCAACUUACAUUACUUGUCUGCAGUUUCAUACAUCAGAUAUGGAAUUGUGGAUAGUUCAAGCUGGGACUGUGAUGAUUAUACUGAAAAGUUAAUGCACAAUAUUUCCUUAAUGGAAGAAAAUGGCCAAAAGGGUCAUCUGUUGAGGAAAGAUCUAGGUUAUGUAGACAACGCAUAAAACUUGAGGUCUAACAGCAUAUGAGAGACAAAAAUGAACAGAAAUUCUGCAGUGAAUGGAGAGAAGAGGUCUCUAAUUGUCAUGUGGAACACAAUCUUUGACUGUAUAAUCUGAGAGACUCCAGUGAAGUGAAUCACACUUCAAUGUACUGUAUGAGGGACAAUAUUUAAUAGCGGGUGAAAUGCAUAGAAAAUGAGUAGACACCAGAAAAUGAGUAGAGCACUAAAUAAAACCAGACUGACUGCUUUCUGAAUGACAUGCUGACCUAUAUUACUUUAGUUUUUAUGCAUUACAACAAAAAAUACAACAUGCACAAAUUUUCAAAACCAUCUGGUCCAGUACAGGAGAGUAACAAAUUAAGAUUUUAAUCUUAUGGCUGAUGGCAAGUUUUAUAUAUACAUAUUAAUGGUUAUAACUGCUCACAUGUAAUAGGAAAGAAUUCAACAUUUACAGCAGAAUGAUACAUGUUGAUGAGGACUCUGUUCUAAGUCACACUUUUCUGACUAAAAAACGAAAACAUUUUAAACUGUAAUGAAAGAAGCAAUAGACAAAAUGACUUGUUAUAAAAACCUGUGUAUCAUUUACGAAAAAGCUGACCUAAUUUUUCCUGGGUAUGAGAUUAAUGCUAAGGCAAGAAAUACAAUUGCACCUUUUAAGAAAGUGACAGGGCUGACCUCUGCAUAUCAGCAAUUGCCUGGAAAUCCCAACUUAGGGUCAAAAGGUUAUGAAAUUGUGUGGUGCAUUGAACUACUUGUUUGCCUUCAGUAAUUGUACCCCAUCCAGAGUUCAUUUUUGACUUGCUCCAGAUCCUACCAUAUGAAGUUUCUGGUUGCUGCUCAGCAGAAGGAAAGGAGUUAUGAUCCAAAAUUGAAAGGCACAAUUGUACCUUCGUUAUAUUAUUCAAAACACGAAAUGUUCAAUUCCUGGCAUGAUAUGGUCAGGUUCUGAGAAUUAAUUUUUCAUUAGUAUGUCUUUCAUACACUGUUUCCAUUAAAGUAUAAGUUUGGUAUUUGUUAAGAUUAA